AAGCUGUCCCAGAUUCUGGUUGGCAGGAGCUCGACGAGCAGGCUACAGAAAGACGCUCCUGACGUCAGCCACGUUCAAAUUCAGUACAUACAAGAUCCAAGAUGGCGGAGGUGAGCGGGCUGAGGAAUCGGAACCCCUUUGAAUCAAACUGUCAACCCCGAACAUUUGACAAAGGUGUUACUGAGGUAGGGGUUGUCCCGACUUCCCAUCAUAAACCCAGGCCACCCAUGGCCCUACCUGAAGACCUGGAGGUGGAGGAGGGUGGAUUGACGCUGCAGUCCCAAAAACUGACCUCGAAAUCGGGUACAGAUGGAGCCACAACCCCCUCCCCUGAUGAAGGUUUUCAGGAAGAGGAGAAGAAGGUUGCAGCGAAGGAAGCGGCCAGGCCCAUCCAGAUCGUCCUGGCCAAUGAAGAGGAGCACAGCUUUGAGCUGGACGAGGCGGCUCUGGAGAACAUCCUGCUGCAGGACCACGUGAAGGACCUCAACGUGGUGGUGGUGUCGGUGGCUGGGGCCUUCCGCAAGGGCAAGUCCUUCCUGUUGGACUUCAUGCUGCGCUACAUGCACAACCAGGGCGAGUCUUGGAUGGGGGGUGAGGAUGAGCCUCUGUCAGGCUUCUCCUGGAGGGGAGGCUGUGAGAGAGAGACUACAGGCAUCCAGGCCUGGAGCGAGGUGUUCGUGGUUGAGCGGUCAGACGGCAGUAAGGUUGCAGUACUGCUCGUAGACACACAGGGGGCGUUUGACAGCCAAUCCACCAUCAAAGACUGCGCAACUGUGUUUGCCCUGAGCACCAUGACCAGUUCUGUACAGGUGUAUAAUCUCACCCAGAACGUCCAAGAAGAUGACCUACAGCACCUGCAGCUGUUUACAGAGUACGGGCGCCUGGCCAUGGAGGAAAUCUACCUGAAGCCUUUCCAGUCCCUGAUGUUCCUGAUCCGGGACUGGUGCUAUCCCUAUGAACACGGCUAUGGCCUAGAGGGAGGCAAUGCCUUCCUGAAGAAACGGCUGCAGGUGAAGCAGAACCAGCACGAAGAGCUGCAGAACGUGAGGAAGCACAUCCACUCUUGUUUCUCCAACAUCGGCUGCUUCCUCCAGCCCCACCCUGGCCUCAAGGUGGCCACCAACCCAUACUUUGACGGUAGACUCAGGGACAUCGAUGACGACUUUAAGACUCACCUGGCGGAGCUGGUGCCUCUCCUCCUGGCCCCCGACCGACUGGUGGAGAAGGAGAUCGGCGGGAACAAGGUCACCUGCAGGGACCUGGUGGAGUAUUUCAAGAGCUACAUCAAGAUCUACCAAGGAGAGGAGCUGCCUCAUCCUAAAUCCAUGCUACAGGCAACGGCAGAAGCCAACAAUCUGACUGCGGUGGCCGGAGCCAAGGACCUGUACGGGAAGAGCAUGGAGGCGGUGUGCGGCGGGGACAAGCCCUACAUCGCGCCGGCCGACCUGGAGCGCUGCCACGAGGAGUUCCGCGAGUGCUCGGUGCGCCACUUCCGCUCGGUCAAGAAGAUGGGCGGCGACGAGUUCUGCCAGCGCUACCAGAGCCAGCUGGAGGGGGAACUGGAUGAGGUCUACGCCAACUUCACCAAGCACAACGACGGCAAGAACAUCUUCUACGCCGCGCGCACGCCGGCCACCCUGUUCGCCGUCAUGUUCGCCGCCUACGUGGUGUCGGGCGUCACGGGCUUCGUGGGACUCGGCACGCUGGCGGCGCUGGCCAACCUGCUGAUGGGCGUGGCGCUACUGUCCCUCUGCGCCUGGGCCUACGUCAAGUACUCCGGGGAGUUCCGCGAGAUUGGCGCGCUCAUCGACCUGGUGGCGGAGAACCUCUGGGAACAGGUGUUUUCAAGGCUCAGGCAGCCGAUCGAGGGAGGCCUGGCUCAGCCCGCCUCUCUCCUCUGCUCCCUCUCGCCGGGCCGAGCAAUGGGCUCUCUCGCAGCGCUACUCAACAACCGCUCCAAAAAACACUAGCUGCCUCGUUCUGGUGUUUUUUGUUCCCGGUCACAGAGACUGCUUCCCAAGCUUUCUGUGGUGUGCUGACUUCCUCCGUGUCCACAUUACACUUCUCUGCUUUGCCUCGGCUGCUUUGUGCUCGCCUUGCGGUGUUGAGGCGCCAGGGGGGCGUUCUGUCUGCAGGCAUUUACCUCUGAACCCAUGAAUACGGACCAAAACAGGCUCUCCUCAGGACCUCCCGGACAUGCACCUUGCCUCACGGUUUUUAAACCCCUAUUUUGUGAUGGAUGUGAUUUGGUGGGUUGGGUUAUGGUUGUUAAUUAUGUGUUUUUGUGUCCGUUUGUUGUUUGAAUUUUAAUGCCAUCUUGUACAUAUAUUUCCGUUUUGGAAUGCAUGUUGGAUUGCAGAGCACUUCUUAGUUUUCCGCCCUCAUUUUUGUAUCUUUCAGUUCCUUAACCACACUUCCACUUCUUUUUUUCAGUUCCUUUGUCCUUGUAAUCCGUUAGCACACUUUUUCAAUUACUUGUUUCUUAAAUUCAUAUCCACAAUUAUAAGCACUGGCUCUCACCCAAAAUAUCCUUUCCUCACCUUUUGCUCUGCUCCUCACCCUUCCCCUUUCACCUCCUGCCUCUCUGCCCUCCUCCCUCUCCUCCUCCUCCUCUCCUGCAGGUGUUGAAGCCACUUAGCGAACAUUAUAUGGAGGACAACGUCAGGCAGACGGUGGUGAACUCUCUGAAAGCCAGCUUGACGGAGCCGGCGUCUCAGCAUGGCAAGCUAAAGGCUCACUGACCCGGCCGGCUCUGACCCGCUCCCCAUCACCCCGCUCCCCUGUCCACCACCACCCUCACCUUGUAGAUAUGCGCGACACAUCCUAGGACUGUUGAACUGUUCACAACCAAAGUAUGAUCCGCCUUCCCCCGUCAUGCUUUGCUGCAUGCCAGUCCCUCCCGUUUGAAGUGUCCCAAUACUGUAAGCAAAAGGACCCUUUGAAAAGGGCUUCCCUGCUGGCUGCGCUCUGCUGCCCCUGGUGGUUGGUGGGGUGAAAUUGGCAUGCCGAUCGCAGCCUCGGAGCAAAGCCGAGAAUGGGUCGCCUCGAACCAAAAUAGGAGUAUAAAAAAUGUCUUGAUCUUCUCCGAUGUGCCAUGCUAACAGCGGCUCCAGCUCCACAGGUUAACACUGGAAAACCCGCCGUUUGCAGACGCGCGCUACGUAGCAACUGUACACUGUGUGUGCCCCGUUUCUGACAUCCAGCUCGCUAGCCCGCAGCGUAAGGACUCAGCGGUAAUUCAGGGAUAGCUGUGUAAUGUCCGAUGCAGACUUGAGACUGUUCAUAUUUUUACGCUGAUGAUAGCAGUCUCGGCAAUCGUCUUCCGUCAGUUAACACAAACAAUAUUCAGAGCUGGACAUUUACUUUGAUUUGACCCUGUUCGGUAUGGUUAUUUGAUCUAAUAUUUAGAUUAUAUCAUGGUAUAAUUCUUUCAUUACAGUUAAUUGUAGCUACAACCCUAAGCCUCUUUACGGAAGUUGGAUCUAAUUUUAAUUUUAUUGUCUGAUUAAACAAUCAAGCCCUAUCUGAACUGAAAGGCUGUGUGGAAAUAUAUUUUACUUUUCUCAGAACUAUUACAGGGAAAAGGCAAUCAUGUUUUUUCACAAUUUUUAGCUUUUAAACACUAUGGCAACACAUGAUGGUUAAUUAUAUAUUUGGGCUAGGCUCGGCUUCCCUCUGCAACUGUACCCAGUAUCAGUCCAUCCCCAUGGAUGAUUAGUUUUGUCUUUAGUGGUGGUAGACCGGAACGGGGCCUGUACCAAGCAGUCGGGCUCUUCCGAGCGGCUUAUAGCAGGAGACAUGAUUUUAUUUGAGCUUGGUAUUUAGUGUGCUUCCUGCCAUUGUUUGGACUCUGCAUGGUGUUAAGAGCUAGGGAUGUACCCACUGUAGUAGCCAGUAAGAAAAUGGCAUCACACAUCCCUUUAUCAAUGUCUCGCCGUCUUUCACCGAAGCCUCAACAUCCCACGCCGUGGCAAGGUUUCCUGUAGACCCCUGGCCUCACCGGGACUUUGCUGCUUCUCACCAUUCUCUCUUGAGAGUAUCUGCCUUCAGCCUGUAGGUUGCUGUCAUUUCUUUUGUUGUUUCAACAUUGUGUUGACUUCAUCUGAGCAUUUUCCUGAAAACCUAGAUAUGGAUGAGCUCCGAACGGCUGGAAAAUCAAGAGCUCUGGGUUUAAUUUCAUCAUUUGUUUUUCAAGAUUUCUCUUCAAAGUGUAGGUCUUGCUCGACACUGUCUUAUCCCUUGUGUUGUGAUGCUGAUGUCCUGUUGAUGAUGUCGGCUGUAAUCAGGAGGGAUGGACAAACUGACUCACCUGGGGUCAGCUCCAUCACAGCCUCAUGUGUUCCAUUCAAAGAUUCCAUCCACAACCGGUCUUGUAGGUUUUAUGUGCACUUAGUACAAGUAGGGCGUGUAUGUGAGAUCAAAUAUUUAAAUAAAAUGUAUAAAUUUUAAAGAUAAUUUCAUUUUUUAUUUGAAUUUUAUCAGCUAAAACUGGUCCAUUUUGAUUUUCUCAAUUUUCAGCUGUUUGGAACAUGGCCAGAGAAUAGUUUUAAUAUUUGUUGGAAGCGCCUUUUUGUUUAAUGUAAUGAUCGGUUAUCUUCAUAACUGCCUUCAAAUACAUUUCAUGUAAUUUAUUUUUCAAUAAAAUCUGUGUUUACCUUAAUUAUAGAUACAAUUUUGUCGGCCUUGUCUUUAUCAGCUGCAGGUUGUAAAAUAGAUUUUAAGAUGCUCAAUUCACCAUGGACCAUUGUUGCUUAUCCCAUAUUAUUGUAGGAGUGUUUUGGGAAAUUCUUGCAUGGAAUUGUACGUAUUUGUUGUAUAAUGAGCCAGAAAAAGUAAAAUAUGUUGUGCCCUACAACAUGGUAGGCCCAUAGUAUUUAGCAAGAGUGAUGGUAUAAUUUAAAAGAAGGUGGAUGAGAUUCUUAGCUCAGAAGUGCUCAGACACAGGAACAUGUUUCCGCAUUCACUAGGCUGGACAACGUUGUCCGGAUGGGGCUUGCAAAGAAGCCCUCAUAUAUUGCGUACGGUUGAAAUCCUUGGCUGAUCUCAUGUUGAGAGCAGUAAGAGCACGUUAUAACUGCAACUUUAAAGCAUUAAUGAAGUGGCAAAUAGUGUAUGGAGCAUUGCUCUGACAUUAGUACUCGUAAUCCUUAGCAAUAAGUUAGAAAAUAAAUUAGUAAGAUGUGUUAAUGGUUUGAGGUAAUGUAUGCAAAACCAACAACUUAGAUUUAUUUUUAAAGUUUGGAAAUCAAUGCAUUUCCAUGAUUUCAGUUAAGGUGAAGUCUAUGCCUGGCUAAGAUUGUACUCAUUACAUUUAAAUGCUGGAAAUGCCUCAAGUACCAUUGCAGCACUACCAAUGCUCACAUAAAUCUCAUUAUGUUCUCCCACAAAAGUCUUAAUGCUUUCUAAGGACGUGAAUUGUCCAGUCAUUUAUAAAUGCUGAGUGACCUGACUUGUCAUUAGUGUGAAGUUGAGGUUUUGGGACUUGGAACCUAUAAGUUUAAUUAUUUUCUACUGAUAAGUACUUAUUGAUAAAUACCAGUUUAUAUUAGCACAUACAUAGCACACAGUUUGUAUGAGAAAUAAGUAUAUCAGGAACCUUGUAUAAUGCAGUCUAUAUCAACCAACAUCUUGCAUUAUAUGGAUAUGAUUUAUUAAUUAGGCUAGUGUAAUUAAGCGUUAUACCUGAUUGUUUCAAUUGUCUCACAGUUUGUACUUGUAUUCAUACGAGUCAUGUAAAUCAUUGCAUUUGUUUGAAGUAUUAAAGGAGUCAGCCGCACAUGA